CCUUGUUAAUCUGACAGAAAUGAUGAUGGAGAAGAACAAUUUCAGUGGUGGGAUUCCUGCCAUUAUUGGUAACCUCUGGAUGCUGCGGCGAUUAGAUGUAUCUGCAAACGAGUUUUCUGGCCAAAUUCCAUCAUCCAUAGCCAAUAUGAGUCAAUUGUAUGCUCUCUAUCUUCAAAACAAUCAUUUCACAGGUUCUAUUCCUUCAAGUUUUGGGAACCUUUCAAACUUGCAAGAGCCUUUCUCAGAAUUAUCUCAAUGGAAUCAUACCAGAAAAAGUUAUGAGCCUUUCUUCUCUGACCAUUUCCCUUAACCUUUCUCAAAACCGAUUGACUGGUUCCUUGCCCUCAAAUGUUGGAGACUUGAAAAAUCUAGGGAACUUGGAUCUUUCUGAGAAUAUAUUGUCAGGAGAAAUUCCCAGUAGCCUUGCUAGUUGUGUAUCCUUAGAACACCUUCACUUGGAAGGUAACUUUUUUGAAGGAACCAUUCCUUCAUCUUUUAGAUCCUUGAGAGGUCUUCAAGACUUGGAUCUUUCGCAUAACAACUUAUCUGGCCAAAUUCCUGUAUUUUUUCAACUUAUUUCCCUUGUGAACUUAAAUCUUUCCUUCAACAAUUUUGAGCGUCAAGUGCCAACAGGAGGAGUUUUCAAAAAUUCAACUGUCACUUCAAUAGCAGGAAAUGGAAAGCUUUGUGGAGGCAUACCUGAAUUUCAAUUGCCGGUUUGCACUGCUACUAAGCCAAAGAAAAGAAAGAUGUCUCAAGGACUGAAAUUCAUGUUCUUAUUGCUUUCUGGACUUUUGGGGUUAGUUUUGAUCAUGUCUCUUCUAGUUAUUUAUCUGUUAAGGAAGGCCAAAACACCACCCUCUACAGAAGCUUCACCAACUAAGGAAUUGCAUUUGAAGAUAUCCUAUCAAACUCUCCUUCAAGCUACCGGAGGAUUUUCUCCUGCCAACCUAAUUGGUUCUGGUAGCUUUGGUUUUGUCUACAAAGGGAUUCUUGAUGAAGUAGUUGUGGCAGUAAAGGUACUCUACUUAUAUCAACCAGGUGCUCUACAAAGCUUCUCAGCUGAAUGUGAAGCCUUGAGAAGUAUUUGGCACCGGAAUCUUGUGAAAGUCUUAACUACCUGCUCAAGCGUUGAUUUUCAAGGUAAUGAGUUUAAAGCUCUAGUCUAUGAGUAUAUGCCAAAUGGGAGUCUGGAGAGUUGGCCACAUCCACUUUCAGAAGCUGAUGGUGACUCGAGGAUGCUUAGUCUUCUACAAAGAUUGAACAUUGCCAUUGAUGUGGCAUCAGGUCUGGAUUAUCUUCAUCACCAUUGCGAAGAUCAGAUCGUUCACUGUGAUCUGAAGCCAAGGAAUAUCCUACUCGGCAAUAAUAUGACUGCACAUGUGGGUGAUUUUGGGUUGGCCAGGUUCAUUCCAGAAGCUUCAAGUAGAUCUCCUAUCAAUCAAACCAGCUCACUAGGACUGAAGGGAACUGUUGGCUAUGCUGCACCAGAUAUAUAGCUCUACUCUAAUAUGUUUCAAUUCUAUUUAAAUUUUGUUAGCAACUUGCAUUCUACAAGAAAGUUUAGAAAUAUGUUUACGAUGCAAUUGAACUAAUCACAGGAAAGA